AUGUCAGCUGUCUCUGAACUCUCUAAUCCUCAUGAUGUUAAAUCUCUCGGCGCCAUUAUUGAAAAACAUCAACCAGAUUUGCUGAGCAUGGAAAAGGUUCUCGAAAUUAAUAUGUCUAUGCUAAAUGCUGACACAUUGAAUGAAUUAAUAGAUUUUGUGAAAGAUCGAUACCAGAAAAUGAAAAAGGAAUACCCUGACGGAUAG